UCCGUUUGCUGCAGUGGCAGACUACUCAGUAACCAGAAAUAAUGUCAUCCAGCUCUGCCUGGAGCUCACCACCAUUGUACAGCAGGACUGUACCGUGUUUGAGACGGAGAACAAAAUCCUUCAUGUGUGUAAGACUCUGUCCGAGGUGUGUGAGCACAUCGUGUGUGUGUCGUCCGACCCUCUGGUUUCUCAGUCGGCUCAUCUCGAGCUGGUUCACCUCACCAACAUCAAACCCUCUGAAGGCCUGGGGAUGUACAUCAAGUCGACCUACGACGGCCUCCACGUGAUCACGGGAACCACUGAAGGGUCUCCAGCUGACCGCUGUAAGAAGAUCCAUGCAGGAGAUGAAGUCAUUCAAGUCAAUCACCAGACUGUGAUCAAGAUAUUUCCCACUGUCCCCUCCCAUCCACAGGUGGGCUGGCAGUUGCGCAACCUGGUCGGCUCGCUGAGGGCCGACAAAGGCGUCGUGUCCCUGACCCUGAAGAAGCGUCCGCAGAGCACGCUCAGCUCCGCCCCCGCGCUGCUGAAGAACAUGCGCUGGAAACCCCUGGCUCUUCAGCCAACCAGAAGUCCAGGCAGUGGUUCCGGCACCCCCUCAGGCACACCCACCAAGACCUCGGCCCUCCAUGACCUCUACAUCCCUCCUCCGCCGGCUGAGCCGUACACACCCAGAGAUGAGACGGGAGCCUUGUCUGGAGAUGAGGCCUCUCGUAACCAUGGCGGAGUCAGCCUCGCUAAACGCUCCGAGUCUCCGAACUCCUUCCUGGACCAAGAGUCUCGCCGGCAAGAAGAGGAGGAGCCUGUGUACUGCACCACGCCCACAUAUGGCAGGCUGAGGCCCAUCUCCAUGCCUGUGGAGUGUAACUGGGUGGGCGACUAUGAAGACCCAGCCAAGCUCAACAGAGAAAGUCGCAGAGAGGCGUCGCUCAUGCGCUACGUGGGGCUGCCCGGAGCUGACGAGAGGACCGGCUGUGACGACUACUCCUCCCACACGGCUCGUCCGGGUAAACGGACCAAUGACACGACCAAACGUGCCAAGAGGCGAAGCCACCACAGCCAAAGCCCCUCCCACUAUGUCCUGCAGACAAAUCAGAGGGAUUCUCCGCCCAGAGACCCCGCCUCCAUUUAUCACACAUACCAGCAGUCGUCCUCUCUGCAGUCAAAGACCAGGAAGAAGAAUAAAGGACGAGGUCUGGCCUCCCUGAGUCGGAGGCGUGUUUCCUGCAAGGCGCUGGGCAGAGGAGACUGCGAGGGCUGGCUGUGGAGAAAGAGAGACGCCAAGGGUUAUUUUUCCCAGAAGUGGAAGAAGUACUGGUUUGUUCUGAAGGACAACUGCCUGUACUGGUACAUCAACGAGGAGGAUGAGAAGGCUGAGGGUUUUGUGAGUCUUCCAGAAUUCAAGAUCGACAGGGCCAGUGAAUGUCGCAAGAAGUAUGCUUUCAAAGCUUGUCACCCCAAGGUCAAGAGUUUCUACUUUGCAGCAGAUGGAGUGGAUGACAUGAACAGAUGGCUGAGUCGUCUCAACAUGGCCGCUGUGGGCUACGCUGAGCGCGAGAGGAUGCGUCAGGAGCAGGCAGAUUACUGGAGUGAGAGCGAGCAUGAGGAUGACACCACCUCCAGCCCCAAACAGGACAGUCCCCCACCUCCGUACGAUACCUACCCACGGCCUCCAUCCAUGAGUGCCUACUUGGAAGGCCGAACCACUCGACUGUCCUCCACUGAGACGUCUCGCUCACGCUCCUCCCAGGAGGAUUUCCUGUGUGGCGAGCCACCUGCCGUGGCCGCCGAGCCGCAGUACCAUCCUGGUCCUCUAGGGGGAGGCACCACGCACAGCGGGAGAAAACCAGGGGGCAGCAACAGCAGCGACGUGCAAUACAGAUGUGAUCCUGUAGAGUACCGUUCCAGUCCUGCAGGGGGCAGCAGCGAGACGGGCUCCCCGGGACGCUCGUCGUCGUCUCAGAGACGUUCUUGGCAGGACCUGAUUGAGACGCCGCUGACCGAGGCCGGACUGCACUACUUACAAACCGGACCAUUAGAGGAUGCAGUGUUUGCUGAGCCCGGUCCUGGAGGUGGGACCAUGACGGCCGGUGCCGUUUACACUCUCCCCGCACAGAGGAAUGUCCCGUUGCCCAUGGCGAUGCAGAGGCUGAUUCCUAUGGCAACCCAGGGAGGGAAACCCCGCAGCUUCACGCUGCCAAGAGACAGCAACCUACACACACUCCUGACGCCUCCUGCGAAAGAAGUGCAUCAAACGCACAAUGGUGGCAGUGAAGGUGCGUCCCUCGGCGACCUGUUUCGGGCCUGCGAGCAGGGCGGGGUUUGCCCUUUAGGUCGCGGCUCAGAGGCCAAAGGUCAGUCGGAGUUCAGGCAGUCGUUCCUCAGACGGGCCGCCGACCCUCAGCUCAACGAUCGUCUGCAUCGCCUGCGGAUUCUGACCUCCACGCUGAAGGAUGUCCCGCCCCUGGACGCAGACCUCCCAUCGGGAUGUUCAAAUUAGCCUGAAGGACGAGGAGAAGAGCCAAUGAGGGACUUUCAUCACUCAAACACACUCAGUUUCCUGUCAGUGUGUGUGUGCGUGCGUGUGAGCACGGCUGCUGUUUCCUCAGAAUGCCUUGUUUUGAUUAUGACCAAUGUUUCCUGGUUCUCAUCAUGUCCCUAAAAGAGACGUCUGUCUUUUUAAAACUGACACACACACACACACACACACACACACACACACACACACACACACACACAGGCCUGCUAACUUGAUGUUCUACUGCUGCGUGCCCUGACAUCUUUGUAUUAGACGUGUUUUGUAUGCUACUGUUCUGUAAUGUAUUGUAUAUAUGCUGACAUUGUACAGCUGUACAGACUGAGUGUGUGCUGUGUGAUGCUGGAUAUUGUUCUACCAGAGAGUUUUAUUUAUUUUUUUCUAGAGAUUAAGGUAUAAAGCUCAGAGAGGACGUUCUGGAAGGAGUCGCCUCAUUCACAGCAUGUUUGCUAAGAUUUGUAAUUAUUGUGAUGUCGCUUGGGCUGGGAUUGUUGCCUGUCUUUACGCUUAGCGUGCUCCAGCUUAGCAUGGAAGGGUUAGUGAGC